UUAUCCACCUGCUCCAUGUCUGCGCACUGCUCUGGGUUUCCUCGUAGUCGCUGGCGGCCUUGGCAGCCGGCUGCGCUGACAGCUGGAUGGGGUGCUGGCUGCCUGCCUUCUAACACGCUCCUUCCUCUUCCCGCAGGGAGCGGGGAUGGCCAGGGACAGAUUCUGCAGCGCUUCCCGGAGAAGGACUGGGAAGAUAACCCCUUCCCACAGGGCAUCGAGCUGUUUUGCCAACCGAGCGGCUGGCAGCUCUUCACCGAGCGGAACCCACCCAACUUCUUCGUGGCCGUGCUGACCGACAUCAACUCGGAGAGGCACUACUGCGCCUGCUUCACCUUCUGGGAGGCUGUCGAGAGCAUCCAGCCUCAGAGCCACAAGCAGAACAGCGAGGAAGAAGAGGAGGAGGAGGAAAUGGACUCGUCGUUGCCUGUCCAGCCCGUGCAGCUUUUUGCUCCAAAGAGCUUGGUGCUGGUAUCGCGACUGGACCACACCGAAGUCUUCCGGAACAGCUUGGGCCUCAUCUACACCAUCUAUGUGGACGGGCUGAGUGUGUCGCUGGAGAAUGUCAUCGGGAACCUCUUGACGUGCACCAUCCCCAUCACUGGGGGGGCGCAGAGGACCAUCUCCCUUGGCGCGGGCGACAGGCAGGUCAUCCAGACACCCAUCAAUGACUCGCUCCCUGUCAGCAGCUGUAGCGUGGCCCUGCUCUUCCGGCAGCUUGGGAUCACCAAUGUGCUGUACCUCUUCUGCGCCGCGCUCACCGAGCACAAGAUCCUGUUCCUCUCCAGCAGCUACCAGCGCCUCACCGACGCCUGCCGUGCCCUGCUCGCCCUCAUGUUCCCCCUCAAGUACAGCUUCACGUACGUGCCCAUCUUGCCUGCACAGCUCCUGGAGGUGCUCAGCACACCCACACCCUUCAUCAUCGGUGUCAGCUCCAUCUUCCAGGCAGAGACCCAGGAGCUGCUGGACGUCGUCAUUGCUGACCUGGACGGGGGCACGGUGACCAUCCCCGAGUGUGUGCACAUCUCCCUGCUGCCUGAGCCCCUCCUCCAGCAGACCCGGGAGGCCCUCUCCAUGGUCCUGGACCCUGAGCUGGAGGUGGCAGACGUGGCCUUCCCCCCGUCCACUGUCUCCGCCUCCUCUCUCAAAAUGCAGGACAAGGAGAUCCGGGCUGUCUUCCUCCGCCUGUUUGCACAGCUGCUGCAGGGCUAUCGCUGGUGUCUGCACAUCAUCCGCAUCCACCCAGAGCCCGUCAUCCGCUUCCACAAGGCAGCCUUCCUCGGGCAGCGGGGGCUGGUGGAAGACGACUUCCUCACCAAGGUGCUGGAGGGCAUGGCAUUUGCCGGCUUCGUGACAGAGCGGGGAGCCCCGUACCGGCCCAUUGACCUGUUUGAUGAGCUGGUUGCCUACGAGGUCAAGCGCAUGCACGCGGACAAGGGGAACAAGCAGAAGAUCCUGCGGCACAUCAAGGAGCUGGCGGAGAAGCUCUACAAGAACGAGAACCCGUACCCCGCGGUGACAAUGCACAAGGUACAGAAGCCCACAGAGGGCUGCCACCUCCGCCUGCACCAGAAGCCCUUCCCCCGCCUGGACGAGGGCACGGUCCAGUGGAUCAUCGACCAGGCCACUGCCAAAUUGCAGACUGCCCCGCCAGCCGUCAAGGCAGAGAAGAAGUGCAUGGUGCCAUUGGGGACCCCCAUAGCCGCCAUCCUGGAGCGCAGUGGGAAUGCCCUGGCCAACAGCGCGCGGCGCCUGGAAGUCGUGCGGAACUGCAUCUCCUACGUCUUCGAGAACAAGACGCUAGAGGCCAAAAAGCUGAUGCCUGCCGUGAUGAGAGCCAUGAAGGGCCGGUCAGCCCGGCACUGCCUGACCCAAGAGCUGAACCUGCACGUGCAGCAGAACCGGGCCGUGCUGGACCACGAACAGUUCGACUUUGUUGUCCGCAUGAUGAACUGCUGCCUGCAGGACUGCACAGCCGUGGACGAGCACGGGAUCGCAGCAGCGCUGUUGCCACUCGUCACUGCUUUCUGCCGUAAACUGAGCCCGGGCAUCACGCAGUUUGCCUACAGCUGCGUGCAGGAGCACGUGGUUUGGACCAACAUCCAGUUCUGGGAGGCCAUGUUCUACUGUGACGUGCAGAACCACAUCCGCGCCCUGUACCUGGAGAGCACCGAGGAGAACCACGCUGGCGAGGAGGGCCAGGAGGGGCAGCGAGCGGAGAAGGCGGCCCUGGAGAUCGCGUCGGAGCAGCUGCGACUCUGGCCCACCAUGAGCCGGGAGAAGCAGCAGGAGCUGAUCCAGAAGGAGGAGAGCACCGUGUUCAGCCAGGCCAUCCACUAUGCCAACCGCAUGAGCUACUUGCUGCUGCCCCUCGACACCAGCAAGAGCCGCGUGCUGCGCAGCUCUGGCCUCGGCGACGUUGAGAGCGUCAGCAACAGUUUCGUCACCAACAGUAUUGCCGGGAGUGUGGCCGAGAGCUACGACACGGAGAGCGGCUUUGAGGAUGCCGAGACCUCGGACGUGGCCAGCUACGUUGUGCGCUUCAUCAACCGCUUCGUGGAUAAGGUCUGCACCGAAAGCGGUGUCACCAACGAGCACCUCAAGGGGCUGCACAUCAUGAUUCCUGACAUCGUGCAGAUGCACAUUGAGACGCUGGAUGCCGUGCACAGGGAGAGCAAGAGGCUCCCCACCACGCAGAAGCCGAAGCUGCUGCGCCCCAGCCUGCUGGUGGGCGAGGAGUGCGUGAUGGAGGGGUUGCGCGUGUAUCUCAUGCCCGAUGGACGGGAGGAAGCCACCGGCCAGAACAACGGGGGGCCUCCACUGCUCCCUGCGGAGGGGGCUGUCUUCCUCACCACUUACCGCAUCAUCUUCAAGGGCACACCCACGGACUCGCUAGUGGGGGAGCAGGUGGUGAUCCGGUCCUUCCCCAUUGCCUCACUGACCAAAGAAGAGAAGAUCAGCAUCCAGGACAAGAUCCAGGAGAAGGAUUCGUCCAUCCAGGAAGGGCUGCAGCUGCGCUCGUGCACAUUCCAGUUGUUGCGGAUCGCCUUCGACGAGGAGGUGGCUUCAGAGAGCGCUGAGGUCUUCCGGAAGCACCUGAACAAGCUGCGCUACCCCCAGCACGUCCGCGGCACCUUUGCCUUCACCGUGGGCCAGUCGCCCAAGCAGGCCAUGCAGCCCAAGGCCAAGGAGAAGAACCCCUCGAUCAGCUCCCAGCAGGUGACCGAUAUGUUCCAGGGCCUGACCGUGGGGGUCCUGUCCCUCGGGCACCUCAGCCACUCAACCACGACCUUCUCCAGGAACUUGGUGAAGAACGCCAAGACGAUCGGGCGCCAAUAUGUGACGCGCAAAAAGUACACGCCGCCCACCUGGGAGCAGCGCGGCAGCCAGCAAUUCCCCGAGGACAACGAGGACGAGAUCUCAGUGUCCGAGGAGAUGGACAGGAGCACACUGACGCCCUCCACCACCAUCAAGCCGUCAGACAAGAUGACCAUGAGCCACUUGGUGGAGCGGGCCUGCUGCCGGGACUACCAGCGCCUAGGGCUAGGCACCCUCAGCAACAGCCUCACACGCUCCAAGAGCGAGCCCUUCCGCAUCUCCACCGUCAACCGCAUGUAUGCCAUCUGCCGCAGCUACCCCGGGCUGCUGAUCGUGCCACAGAACAUCCAGGACAACACAAUCCAGCGGAUCUCACGCUGUUAUCGCCAGAAUCGCUUCCCCGUCGUCUGUUGGCGCAACGCCCGCACCAAGGCUGUGCUGCUGCGCUCAGGCGGGCUCCACAGCAAAGGCGUCGCCAGCCUCUUCAAGGCCCCAAACGCCCCCACCUCAGCAGGCCCCUCGCAGACAGACUCCACCAGCCUGGAGCAGGAGAAGUACCUGCAGGCCGUGAUCAACUCCAUGCCACACUAUGCUGACGCCGGGGGCCGCAACACACUCAGCGGCUUCACUUCCGCGUACAUGGGCAGCUCAGAUUCCUGCGACAAGCGUCAGCCCAAGCUGGGAAUACUCAUGAAGCAGGUGCUGGGAGGGAAGGACGAUGGGCCCGGCACUAUUAGCCGUGGAGGUCACAGAGCUAGGGUCGUCACCCUCUCCAUCCCCAAGGGCCCACCGGCAAGGGGCCGCGACUCUCCCCGAGCAGGCAAGUGGGGCAGCAUUCGGGCCAGCGGGCGAGCGAGCAGCUACGCCCUGAACAUGGACGUGGGGUCACGCCUGGCUGGCAAGGACCUGCUAAGUGCCCAGCACAAUGGGGCACCAGCUGAGGCCAGUUUCCUGCGCCAGCACCGCGCCUCCCUCUACAUCAUCGGGGACAAGUCCCAGCUCAAGGGUGUGAAGCCGGACCCGCUGCAGCACUGGGAGGCGGUGCCCGUCGAGGUCUUCGAUGUGCGGCAGGUCAAGGCCAGCUUCAAGAAAUUGCUGAAGGCUUGCGUGCCUGGCGUCGUGGCCACCGAGCCUGGCCUCACCUACCUGUGCUCCCUCGAGGAGUCCGAGUGGCUGACCCAGAUCCACAAGAUCCUGCAGGUCUCGGUGCUGGUGGUGGAGCUGCUGGACACUGGCUCCUCGGUGCUGGUCAGCCUGGAGGACGGCUGGGACAUCACCACCCAGGUCGUGUCGCUGGUGCAGCUGCUCUCGGACCCCUACUACCGCACCAUGGAGGGCUUCCGGCUGCUGGUGGAGAAGGAGUGGCUGUCCUUCGGCCACCGCUUCAGCUGCCGCAGCGCCCAGACCGUAACCAACCAGAGCAGCGGCGUCAUCCCCAUCUUCCUCCAGUUCCUCGACUGCGUGCACCAGAUCCACUUGCAGUUCCCCAUGGAGUUCGAGUUCAGCCAGUACUACCUGAAGUUCCUCAGCUACCACCAUGUCUCCAAUCGCUUCCGCACCUUCCUGCUGGACUCCGACUACGAGCGCAUUGAGCUGGGCCUGCUGUACGAGGAGAAGGGCGAGCGCAAGUGCCAGCAGGCCUACAAAUCCAUCUGGGAUUACAUCGACCGGCUCAACAAGAAGACGCCUGUCUUCUUUAACUACAUGUACGCGCCCGAGGAUGGCGAGGUGCUGAGGCCCUACAGCAACGUCUCCAACCUGAAGGUGUGGGAUUACUACACAGCAGAGACACUCGCCGAGGGCCCCUCCUACGACUGGGAGCUGGCGCAGGGCCCGGCCGAGCCAGCGGACGAGGCUGAGCAGCAGGAGACAGGUGCCCCCCAGAGCAAGCGCCGCAUCAUUUGGCCCUGCUACGACAACCGCAGCCGCGUGGAGCCCGACGCCAUCUCCAAACUGCUGGAGGAGCUGCACAACCUGGAGAUGGAGCUGGGCCACAUGCCGGAGCGCUGGAAGGACACGUGGGACAAGGUCAAAGCCUCCCAGCGGACAGAGGCCCGGCAGGAGGGCAGCAGGAUGGCCUCCAGCUCGCUCCUGAUGUCGUCCAGCCUGUCGCACCAGCGGCGGUCGCUGGGUAUGUACCUGCAGCAGCCCGGCGCAGGCUCCACCCUCAACCUCAGCCUGGACAGCGACACCAGCAGCACCUCCACCCCAUCCAGCGGGAAGCAGGGCGGGCGCCGCAGCACCAGCACCCUCUACAACCAGUUCCAGAUGUCGGAGAGCGAGAACAGGUCCUACGAGGGGUCGCUCUACAAGAAAGGCGCCUUCAUGAAGCCCUGGAAGCCCCGCUGGUUCGUGCUGGAUAAAACCAAGCAUCAGCUGCGGUACUACGACAACCGGUCGGACACAGAGUGCAAAGGCGUCAUCGACCUGGCCGAGGUGGAAUCCAUCACGCCGGGCACCCCCACCAUGGGGGCCCCCAAGACGGUGGAGGAGAAGGCUUUCUUCGACCUGAAGACGACGAAACGUGUUUACAACUUCUGCGCCCGGGACGCGCCGCUGGCCCAGCAGUGGAUCGACCGCAUCCAGAGCUGCCUCUCAGACGCGUGAGCCUGGCACUGCCGCAGCCCCCGGACCCUGCUGCGUGCCCAGGCCGGGGCCAUGACUGACU